AUGUCGCUUCCCACCACACCCGCUCAGCCGCAGCCCGCGGACGUCACCUUCGAGUCACAUCAAAACGGCAAGCAGCGCGUGGUGAUGUGUCCUAUCGAAUUUGGCUCAUCCUCUACAAUCCAACCGCGGCAGCUUGAGAAGCACGCCGGGUUUGGGUUUAAACUGCAACGCCUGCGUCAGAAACACCUUUACACGGGUGAUGUGGUUCGCGCCGGAAGCACACGUGACUGUGGGAACAGCAGCAAUGUUUUUAUCCCUCACGGGGUUGGUACGUUAGUGUGUCUCUUGUACGUCAAGGGUGGCGCCGGUAGCUUGACGGGGAAGGCGGUCGCUCCGGUUGGUUUACCGCACACACUGGUGGUUAGCGAGUUUGGUGAGGUGGAGCAGUUGCGGGAUGCCGUUUUGCUCACCUUUUCCAUGUACACGGGAUCCUUCAGCUACGGCAGACGACAGGGGAAGGGGCGGCUGACUGUGUAUCCUCACUACUUCAUAGACUGCUGUUGGGAUGAUGAUGCACCACUUUUAGACCGCACCCCGUGUGUGCUUUGCUUUUACCCCACAGCCAGUACCUCACCAGAGGCGGCGAAGGAGCUGGUAGAGCCAACAUAUGUGGGUGGGACUUCAGGAAAAGAUGCAGAUAUGAGCAGAACAAUGCAAUAUAUUGGUAUGAUCUCUUUGAUUUCAUCGGAGCUGACGCCGCACCGAGGAUCAUUUGCAGGUCUGGCCUGGGCAGAGCAGGCACGUUUUGUUCCGGACGGAGUAGGGGAGAUGCUGUACCCACAAGGCAAUCGCUACUGUGGAUUUUGGCAGUGUGGUCAACGACAUGGCUUUGGCGUGGAGUACGAUUCACACAAAGGCACCGUUUACAUGGGCAGCUUUGUGGAUGAUCAUCGCGAGGGUUCAGGCACGCUGCACUACUGCGCCACAGGUGUGAUGUUUUCUGGGAGCUGGAAGAGAGGUGAGCUUACCGACAACUCCAACACCAUCUUACCGACGUACCCGUUUAUUCUGCAGGGGACACUUUGGAAAAGCUAUGAAAAAUGGUCCUUUGACUAUGGCACCUUGAUGCGUGCACCUGUCUAUCUCGGCGGGAUUUGGGAGCCGCUCUUCCUCACCCUCGACGAGAAACUCGCCUCCCACCUCUGGGAACAACAGGCGACCUCCCGCGCCAUCGCAAUGACGGUGGUGGAGCAUGACGAGGCAAAGGAUGACGCGGAUGAGAGUUUUAUUGUGCUUCUCAACAACAUGAUGCAGAGUGCGGAAUUCAAGGCCCUCUUGGUGCCCUUCCAGCGGUGUUAUUAUUUUUUGUACAAGCCCUGUGUGGGAAGGCGACAUGGAAAAAGGAAUGGGCAUGCUUCGUUGAAGGCAGCGGCAGCGGGGCACUCACGCUCUCAGGGGCCGUGCUUUGGCCCUUCUGUCUCCACAUGUGGGAGCGCGCCGGUGACUCACAGUUUGUUACUGACGACGUUUGACGAGGAACGUCACUCGCGGUCCAUCCCGGACUGUGGACUUCACAGCCAAUGGGCGAGCCUGCGUCUUUCCCAGCACCAGAAGCUUGCGGCGACGUCGGUGCAGCGGUUGUCACCGCUUCUUUUGCACCUGCGUGAGCUUGGCCACAACCGCCGUCAUGGAGUUGCAGCGGCGCCAGCGGGCGCCUGCUGGUCCUGUCCGUCAUGGUGCGACGAGAUGGGCGUGAGUGGGGGCGAGGAUGGCGAUGGGCGCAACGGUGGCAAUUGGAGGGGCAGGGGGGGAGCGGUUUACUGCUUUCACACAGAGAGCGUGGCGGAGGGCUUGGCCACGCGAAUGUCGCCAGCCAAGUUGUUUGAGCAUGCGAUGCAUGACCUCGCCUCGUUUGUCUCUUCUGUGCGACUGCGGCUACUUUCGUACGUGGCGUCGCACCCGUCGGCGUGCGACGUGUCAGUGAGCAAACGUGUCCUUGCUGUCUGCUGGGACUCCGUCUACGCGCUUGUGGCUCCCGUCAUUCACGAGCUCGCCGCGGCAGCAGAGGCGGAAACCGUCGUGGCCACGUCGUUAGCUGUGCAACGAUGCGCCUCCCUCAACCGCCAGGAUUUUAUUCCGACGGCGGCUGCAAACAAGUUUGGUAGUAGUGACGAGGAACGAGAGACGGCGGAGCGCAUUACGCGUCUGUUUGGGUCACCCGCCCACCAUAGCCAACGAGUCGUGGAGCAGACAACAAAUGGACAGCUGCUUUGCUUCGGCCCACAUGAUGGUAGCGGGGGGGAUGCCCCGGACCUGUACUUUUCUCCGGCGAGCAUGUUUGCCGCCUUCAGGUCUGUGUACACCUACGCUGUGGGGUUGUUUCCAUGUAAUGCCUUCCUCCAGGAGCGUUGGAUGAGCUACAGUGUUCUGGAGGCCUUCAUCCACGCAGGAGGCGCACAUCCGCGUGACGCUCUCAGUCCACCCGCCGUACUGCGAAUCCUGCAGUUCCUUGCGACCGAGGUGAACCCGCGCUACCCAUUUACUGACGGAGCGGGUGAAGUGCGAGGCGAUGCCAGUAUUCCCCAUGAGGAGCAGGAAAAAAGUCCGCAGGCGUCACGCAGAAACAUCAUGAGUGGGAGUGGCGGUUUUGUCCCGGCUGGAGGCAUGGAAACCGAUAUGACUGAGGUAGAGUUUUGGUUGAAUUCCAUCGCAGCGUCGUAUGCCGCACCAAAGGAGGCCACGGAGGUGUUGUCGUUGCUUGCUUUGGCGCGUUCUGGCGUAACUCGCUUGCAAAGCGUGUAUCCCACAAUUCGGUUUAAAUAUUGCCCUUCUGUUGCGGUGGAUGUCACUGUCUUGGAGCGUGGCAGGUCGGGUAUUGUAUAUCCGCUGGAUGAGUUGGCGGUGCGUACGCGAUUUUUGCUUCUGGCAGCUGCCGCAUUGCUGCAGCGGCAUUGCCAACCAUGCGAGAAGGGAAAGGCGCGUGACUGGUGUGUCAGAAACUCGGGUAGUAAGACUGCAAUGCAGGCCGAGGCUAACACAGCAAACGCAGCACGGAAAGUACUUGGCCUCACACAGUGGCUUCUUCGUCUCCCUGUCGCUGUGAUGCGUCAGGCGCUACAGCAGGUGGAGGAACCCUUUGAUGAUGUAUUGCCUGCACAUGAGGAUAGUUUGGCACACGCUGCCGAACAGCGGCGAGAGCCGGAGACGCUGUUACGCGUCUCGCCAUCAGAGGUGCUGCUUUGGAUUGUGGAGUGCAUUGGGGGGAUGUUGGAAUCCCCGAACUUCCCGUCCGCGACGCCGAGCUCGAUGGCGCCAAGGCAGACAUCCGUGCAGACACAACCCCUGCGACGGCAGCCACCCGAGGCGCCACCGUCCACACUGGCGACGAGGGAGCGGCACAUGGAUUCUGCAGUCCCUGAAGGAGUCAUCCCAACGGCGUCUUUGCGGGAAGGUACUGUGGCAAUUCAAGAGGCGGGCAAUGGCACCGGUGCGCAGUGUCUCGAAUUCCAGUGGAAACACUUUAUUCCCAUUAAUGGGACAUUUUCAACCCGGAGUGGGAUUCUGCCGUUGGGCGAUACGGAAGACAACUGUGCCGGCGCGUCUGCGUUGGCCGCUGCGGCCACGUCAGAGCUCCUUUCAGAGGGUGAAAAUUUACAUAUCUCUCUGCUGCAAGGUCUUCUUGCGGAUGUAGGGGUUGGGAUGCGGCUGCAUAUGCAACGUUGCUAUGACACUGAGGAGGACGUGUCUUCCGCCGCCCUUACACAGCGCACAGUCUCCCCAGCAGGCGAGAAAACAGGGAGGUGUUGUGUGGGUAAGGAGGCGGUCCUCUCGCUACACGUACGCCUCUCCUUUCUGGGCUCUCGGGUGUGGGAGGUGCUGGCAGACGCCUGGCUUGAGGCGUCUAUCAGGCUUCGUGGCAACGCCGCCACCUUGCAGCAUAUGCGGCGCAAAGGCAACUUCACUGAUGCCGUGCAGCACGCCCAAUGA